AUGUCUUCUCCUUUUCCACGCCUCCUAUGCCUAUUCCUGGCUCUCGUCGUCCUCGCCGGAACACCUUCUCCGGCUGAUUCUGCCGAUGAGCUGGAGCGUGGAGGAGGCGGAGGCCACCGUCAGAGAGAGUUUGAUUAUUUCGCUUUGGCGUUACAAUGGCCUGGUACUUAUUGUCAGCGCACGCGCUAUUGUUGUUCCUCUAAUGCUUGUUGCAGAGGCUCCAAUUCUCCGGCAAUAUUCACCAUACAUGGACUCUGGCCUGACUAUAAUGACGGAACGUGGCCAGCAUGUUGCACCAAAUCCCGUUUUGAUCCAAAAGAGAUAUCUACAUUGAAUAGUGCUUUAGAGCAAUAUUGGCCAUCAUUGAGCUGCAGCUCACCAUCUUCAUGCAGUGGCGGAAAAGAGAAGCAUGGCACGUGCUCAUCUCCCGUGUUUGACAAUGAAUAUGACUAUUUCUUGACAACACUUAAUGUCUAUUUCAAAUAUAAUGUUACGCAAGUUCUAAAUGAAGCUGGAUAUGUUCCGUCAAACACAGAAAAGUAUCCCCUCGGAGGCAUUAUCUCUGCCAUUGAGAAUGCUUUCCAUGCAUCUCCUUUAAUAGUUUGCUCAAAAGGUUCAGUUGAGGAGCUUCGUUUAUGCUUCUAUAAGGACUUCACGCCACGUGAUUGUGCUAUUAAACCAGACGCUAAAAUUGAUAUGGUUACUUCAAAAGGAUCAUGUCCUAAAUAUGUUAGCCUGCCAGAAUCAAUAGGGCAUGAUGGACUUCAGAGUCGGGUGUCUAAAGAUGCAUCUCUAUAG